AUCCCCUUGAGGUGGAGAAAUCAGAAGAUGGGUUGUUUACCCGCAUCACCAAUGUGCUGUUUGUUUUAUUGCAAGUGGAGAAGGCAGGCAUCACUUUUGCUUGGCUGGAGAAGAGGCAGAAUUGAGGAAUGCGAAUGAGAGGUAGUGAGAGAGCAGCCAGGAGGGCCCCUGCAGACAGCAGUCGUGCCAGGCACCAUGAGGCAGCAAGCUUGGCCAGAGAGAGCAGAGAAAUCACCCUUCAUCACUCUCAACCAGGCUGGGCAACGGAAGAAAUGCGCACAGCAGCAGAGGCAGCAGUACACAUCACAGCAGUGACGGGCUAAUACACACAACUGAGAGCAAAUGGGGAAGGCAGAAAGAGACUGAGAGAGGGCAGUCGGUAUCUCGCACUGCUUCAUACUAACUGGCAAAGUGGACUGGGCCACACUCGGAGGCAGAGAUGUCCUUUUCAACACAUUGUCCUCUGUUAGAAGCCCCUUGUUAGAAGUCAAAAGGCAGUCCGCUGCCCCUGUGAGGCUACAUUGCUGAGGGGCAGGGGAAAGGAAAACGAGGACGAGAGAGAGACAGAACCAAAAAAAGAGACUGUGACAGGCCCCCAUGCAGGCGCGUAAGAAGUAUGUUCUGCUGGGCUUGUGUGCGUGCUGCUGGCUGGUCCUCUUUUACUGGGGAGGAGCAGUCCAGUUACGUCUGCUUCGGCUGUUGACGCGCCAGCGGGGCGAGGUGGUGCGCCCCUGGCCCAACUGGACCGACCGGGCCUUCCUGCCUCACUAUGCCCACCUGGAUGAGCUCCAGACAGACCCUGGGACGGCUGAGUUGCCCCGCCAGCGGCGACAGGCGUGGUCUGCCAUUUAUAAGGACAGCCGCUGCCGCAUGGAGACCUGCUUUGACUUCUCUCGGUGUCGCCGCCGAGGAAGGGAAGGCUUCAGGGUGUAUAUAUAUCCAUCAGAGAAAAAUGAUCGUGUGUCAGAAAGCUACAGGAAGAUCCUGACAUCUAUAGGCGAGUCACGGUACUACACAUCUGACCCCCGUGAAGCAUGUCUGUUUGUGCUCGGGAUAGACACCUUAGACAGAGACCAGCUAUCAGGACAGUUUGUGCCCAAUGUAGAUGAACGUAUCCGUGGUUACCCAUUGUGGAAUGAUGGGAGGAACCAUCUGAUCUUCAACCUGUACUCAGGCACCUGGCCUAACUACACAGAGGACCUGGGCUUUAACAUUGGCCAGGCCAUCUUAGCCAAAGCCAGCCUCAACACAGAACAUUUCAGGCCAGGCUUUGAUGUCUCCAUUCCCCUGUUCUCCAAGGAUCACCCCCAGAAGGGAGGAGAGCGGGGCUGGCUGGUGAGGAACACCAUCCCACCACGAAGGAAGUACCUGAUGAUGUUCAAAGGGAAGCGUUAUCUGACAGGCAUCGGGUCAGACACCAGAAACGCGCUCCAUCACAUACACAACGGGAAGGACAUUGUGUCACUGACGACAUGCCGCCAUGGGAAGGACUGGGAGAAGCACAAAGAUUCCCGCUGUGACCACGACAACCUGGAAUAUGAGAGGUUUGAUUACCAGGAGCUCCUCCACAACUCCACCUUCUGCUUGGUGCCUCGUGGUCGGCGGCUGGGCUCCUUCCGCUUCCUGGAGUCUUUACAGGCAGCGUGUAUCCCAGUUUUGCUGAGUAAUGGUUGGGAGCUGCCAUUUUCUGAUGUCAUACAGUGGAACCAGGCAGUCAUUGAGGGAGAUGAGAGAUUACUACUACAGGUGCCAUCCACAGUGAGAGCAGUAGGAAAUGAGAGAGUCCUGGUCCUCAGACAGAGGACCCAGAUGUUGUGGGAAGCUUACUUUUCCUCGGUGGACAAGAUAGUGCUCACCACACUAGAGAUCAUUAAGGACCGUGUGUUCUCUCACAUAUCAAGGAACAAGUAUAUGUGGAACUCCCUGCCAGGAGGUCUGCUGGUCCUCCCAGAGUACUCGACUCACCUCGCACAUUUCCCUUUCUACUACCUGGGAUUAGGGGUCAGUCCAGGUCAGGAAUUCACUGCUGUCAUCCACGCCGUCUCCCCAUUGGUCUCCCAGUCUCAGCCAAUCAUGAAGCUGCUUCAGGUGGUCUCCAAGUCAAAGUACUGCUCACAGAUCAUCAUUCUCUGGAACAGUGAAAAACCACCACCCAAUCGGAGCAAAUGGCCUGCCAUGCCCGUCCCGCUCACCGUGACAGACGGCAGAAGGAAGACGACCAGUCGAUUUCUACCUCACGUUGCCAUAGAGACAGAAGCAGUGCUGAGUCUGGACGAGGAUACGGUCCUACUAACCAGUGAGGUGAACUUUGCCUUCUUGGUGUGGCGGAGCUUCCCUGAGCGGAUCGUUGGCUACCCUCCCAGGAGCCAUUUCUGGGAUCCCCUGAAGCGCGCCUGGGGCUACACAUCUAAAUGGACCAACGACUACUCCAUCGUCCUGACUGGAGCUGCCUUCUACCACAGGUACUAUCACUACCUGUUUUCCCACUACCUGCCCCAGUCUCUGCGGGCUCUGGUGGAUCGCACCUCCAACUGUGAGGACAUCCUGAUGAACUUCCUGGUGUCUGCUGUAACUCACUUGCCCCCAAUCAAAGUGGCUCAGAGGAAGCAGUACAAAGAGUUGCCCAGUCCACAGGGUACGAAGAGUGUCCCCUGGGCCAACCCAGAGCACUUCAACCAGCGGCAGGAGUGUGUCAACACUUUCGCCAGCUGGUUUGGCUACAUGCCUCUGGUCCACUCUCAGUUUCGGCUGGACCCUGUACUCUUCAAAGACCAAGUGUCUGUCCUUCGCAAGAAAUACAAAGACCUGGAGAGGGCGUGAAACAGAUGCGGAUGGAAACAAUGGGGAGCAUGGGAGGUCGGGUCUAGCGGGUCUUUGGACAGAUAUGUCAACCAGUCAAUAGUGGACAGGCAAGACGUGCUACUCAAGGACUGUCUGGGAUGUGGACAAAAGGACAUUUGCAACAUGGACAAAGUACAAUCAUCAGACAGACCCUGGUGGACUGUUCUGGACCAUGUACAUACAAAUAUGAAGCAAAAGGGGCCACGCUCUCCUAUCUCCAUGAGGCUGGUAGGACAAUGGAGGAGGAAAUUUAGGCACCAUGUGAUUGGGCCUAUUGUUGAGAAGGAGAGUUUCUACUGGACAGCAAAAAUAUAAAAAAAAAAAAAA